AUGCUCAGUUUUACCUCCAGCUCCAAAUCUAAAGGUCGUUCAGGGUCCAUGGCGGAUCCUCGGGCAAGUCGCACCCUACCGAUCCCAACGCGGAUUAUGCCGUCACCUCCCCGUCUGCCUCUACCUCAAGGACUCAGGCUGGCUAGCGCAGGUCACGAGUCUGACAGCUUUUUUGAAAGUGUCACCCGAAGUUGUGGAUUACUUGAACAAGUCAAGAGUCCUGAAACGGUCACCAUGUCCAAUCCACACCUAGUUCCGAAUCCCAGAAGUGCCUCCUCCUCUGCCACCUCGGUUACAAGAAGUCACGCUAUCCAACAUGGCUAUACCUCCUCCUCUUCGUCCCUUGCAUCGACCUCCUCAAACUCGUCUUCGUCUUCGUCUUCAUCCCAAAGCUCUCAGUAUCCAACAUCCUGUUUUUCGGGCUCUUCAUCCAGACGGAGCACUCUACAAGAAAGGCGCAGAGGCGCCUACUUCACGAAAAUUGUGAUUUACAGGGAGGAUCAACUGAAGGACUGCUUUGUGUAUGCACCCAGUCGGGUGUCCUCAUUGACCCUUGAUGAGAUUGAUUGUCACAAAGGAUCCGCCCCGGCCGCACCUGGACACGCGAUUAACCAGGAAAACAUUCGCUCAAGGCCAGCGGUUUCACCUCUCACCACGGCGUCAUCAAAUGGCUACGAGGAAGAUGACGAAGGUGAAGAAGAGGUGUUGGAGGACGAUGAAAGUCAUGAUGGGUACUCCCGUCCCUCCUCUUCCAUGUCCAUUCAAAGCGAUCCCUUCGAGUACUCGGCAUACCUAUCGCGGCCGGCAUGUCAAAAGCUAGACCGCUCUCUCUCUCGCGCUUCGUCGGUGACUAUUCGACCAACAAAACGAGACUCAGUGACACCAAAAGCUCAUCCAAGCUCUCCUUCGCCUGGGCCUACCGAUACCAUCUCAAAUUAUUCAGCAUACCUGUCGCAGCCGCUGCGUGAAAAGUCAGAAUGCUCUCUCUCCCGAGCUUCGUCGGUGACAAUCCGACCCACAAAACGAGAUUUAGUGGUACUCGAUGCGAGCUCGCCUCCGCCUGGACCAACACCUCGAAUGGGCCCACCCGAAAGCGUCCACGCUGCUCUUCGAGCCCUCAAGAGCAUACAGGCCGGAAAAUCUUUCCUCUUCAGCAACAACGUUGAGGACGUAGGUGAUGAAUGCCUGUCAGAUGUUCACUGGACACCAGAGGAGUUUUCCGAGGUUGGUAUCGCGCUUUGA